AUGUCAUUCAACUUGAACUACCUUCUUGGAAGUAUUGACUGUGUAUUGUUCCUCUGGGCAUUGUUCCAAUUGAUUAGAAUACAACAGAUCAGAGAGUAUCCAUUCAAGAAGUUGACUCCAAAAUGGAUAUUCCACUUCAUCAUUGCUGUUGCAAUGUUUGUUCGCAGUGUAUUCUUCUUUGUAACACCAUCAAUGGAUAAAGAAUAUAUUAUAAUCAAUAUAUGGUAUAACUUAUCUACUAUCCUAUUGUUCUUGGCAUAUGGAUGUCUAUUGAUGUUCUGGAUAGAACUAUACACUCGAUUCUCAAAACCAUUCAUUACAUCAAUGGAGUUUUGGCAUAAGUGGAAACCUUAUAUCAUUGCAUUCAAUUGUACAUUGGUAUCAUUAAUACUCACUUGGAUAAUGACCUAUGUAUUCUGGGCACGAGGUUCAAUGGAUCGGCAGAAUAUCACUUUACAGAUAUCAGAAGGAUUUGUUAGUGCAUUAUUCCUUGCAGCUGGACUUGGAUUCUUUAUAUUUGGAUUCCUACUAUUCUAUUCAUUCAAGACAAUUGGAAUUAAUUAUACUUCAGAGAGUACGACACUUAGCCAAGAGUACCUGAGGGCACCUCCCGAGGCUAUCCGUGCAGCAGUCGUUGGUACAGUGUGCACGAUAUGUUUCUGUUUCAGGUCAUCAGUGAUGAUCUACUCCAUACAUGUAUCGAUGCUGGAUCCGGCAGUCUCAACCAAUGGCACCUUUGAGUUUGAUUGGGAAGUGGAACUAGCCUACUUCUUUGUAACAGAGAUAUUGCCGACAAUAAUGAUGUUGUUCCGUAUGCGCAAGAUGAAACAACAAAAGUCAUUCAGUUCCAAUGUCAAGCGAUACUCAUCUUCAUCGGCGACCACCACUCGCGGUGCAUCCUCAUCAGUCUCUCAGUCAUAUCGCGACCUUGUAUAUAACAGCAUCGUGGCCACUGCAGCUGAACCAGCGACUACAACACCAUUCGACAACAGRAGACUAUAUCUUCACAACCAACUAGCAUAUCAAGUUGGCUUGAUUGGCCACACACGUCCAGAGAGAGGAUGG